AAUUCCCCUUCUAGGCAAUAUUCCAUUGCUGCGGCAUUACUCUGUGUCCUUUGCUUUCCUGCUGAAUCUUGUGGCGAGACACUUCAGCUGAGCGCCCUCUACGGCCAGUUGGCGUCGCCCAGUUACCCGGAACCCUACGGCGACAAUGAGGACUUGGCCUGGAAUAUCAGCCUGCCUCAAGGCUACACCAUAGACUUGUACUUCAGUCUCUUCGAGUUGGAGCCCUCCAAAAACUGCGAGUAUGACUACGUUAAGGUGAUGAGUGACGGCAAGGAGCUGGCCACUUACUGCGGCAAUGAAAUAAACAUGGAAUUCCAGAUUCCACACAACGUUCACGUGAUGUCACCCAAUAACAACAUGUUAGUCAGGUUCCAUUCAGAUUUCUCCAACGAAGAGCCAUUUCGAGGAUUUCUGGCGCAUUACCGAGCCGAAGACAUUGAUGAAUGUGCAGUGGAGAACGGUGGCUGCCAGCAACUGUGCCACAAUUUCGUGUCUGGCUACUACUGCUCCUGCCGGAUGUACUACGAACUGCAACCAGACAAUCACAGAUGCACAGUGUCCUGCAGAGAUCUCUUGUACACCUACGAGUCAGAUGAAUUCCAGACACCAGACUACCCGCAAAAGUAUCCGAACGAUGCAGACUGCAAUUGGGUGGUUCGCGUGGAAAGCGGCUUCGUCAUCAACUUCGUCUUCCAAAGCUUCGCACUGGAGUCGCACCCAGAGGAGCACUGUCCGUACGACUAUGUCACGGUUCACUACGACGGCACUGACCUUGGUCCCUACUGCGGAGAGUCGCAAACUGAUUGGCCCCCUAACAUAGUAACGUCAGGCCACGAGGUAAACGUCACAUUCCACUCGGAUAAUUCGGAGCAAAGGACCGGUUUCCAUGUUAGGUACUACGUCACAGCCCGCCCUUGCCCGUCUCUCGCCGCUCCUGCCUACGGCUCAAUGAUAGGCAGUAAUUUCACCUUCAAGCAAUCCGUGACUUUCCUCUGUAAGGCGGGUUACUCUGUCAACGGAUCGUCUUCCAGAACAUGCCAAGGCAACGGCACCUGGUCUGGUACCCAACCUUUCUGCCAGAUCGUGACAUGUGACACCCCUCCGCCAAUCGGCAACGGCAGAAUCCUAUUCUAUUCAGGAAGCAAUUUCAGCUACACUAACUCUAUCGGCUACGAGUGCGAUCGCUUCUACGAGCUGCACGGUAUGAGCUUCAGGGAAUGUCAGGCCAACGCCACCUGGUCCUUCCCGAAUCCCACCUGCGUGCCUAUUUGCGGUGAGAGCUCGUUUGAUCCCCGGGAGCAUGAAUCGGAGACGCGCAUCGUGGGCGGUCGAGAGGCCGUACGGGGCUCCUGGCCCUGGCAGGCCCUGGUCAAGGUCUUCGCUCCCAACUACGACUUCUUGGAAGUAGAGAUCUGCGGUGGCUCACUGCUCAACGAGGAGUGGGUGCUGACCGCGGCUCACUGCGUGACGGGAGGGAAUAAGUACCGGCCCAGCUUCUUCGGGAACCUCGUGCCAACAGAUGCCGUGGAAGUGGGCCUGGGCAUCCACAAUCGUAAACAACACACACCGGAAACUUUGUAUACUUCGGUGCAGGAAAUCAUCAAAUAUUCCGAGUACGACGCAGGGAGCUGGGACUCGGAUGUAGCCUUGCUUCGCCUCAACCAGUCCGUCCAGCUUACCGACUACAUCCGCCCGAUCUGUCUGCCCGAGCAGAACCGGCGGCCUGGGUGGAAUGACGACUCAACGGUACGCAUCCGGAACGUAGCCGACGGGGAGGACGAAGGCGUUGUCAUCGGCUGGGGCCAGACGGGCCGGUAUCGAUCGACCUCAAAUGUGCUGCGUGAGGUGAACGUUGGCGUGAAUGUGCCUAGGGAUGAGUGUAACGAAGCCAUGAACAAGCGCAUCACACGGAACAUGGUGUGUGCUGGGCCCCGUGAAGGUGGAAGAGACGCAUGCUUCGGAGACAGUGGCGGGCCGCUGAUGUUGCGGCACGCUACCACCGGCCGCUACUUCCCGUACGGUAUGGUGUCCUGGGGCGAUGGCUGCGGAGAGGAGGGCAAGUUCGGCGUCUACGCGCGCAUCGAAAACUUUGUGAACUGGAUCAAAUCCGUCAUCGAGAUGGAACGUUAAUAGGCCAUUUAAGUACCUGUGAUUUACGUCUGUUUGUAAUCCCAAAAUGGCGGCGUGACAGCGCCCUCAAUUAAGCGCUGAAAAAUAGAUAUGGCCUAUUAACAAAAGAGGGCGAUGUAACGUCAGAUAUACAGAGGUGAAUCCUGGUCUAUUGACGUGUUUUUGCAUUUUGCUGUAGAUCAAAAAUUACUCUUUAAAGCUUCUAAAUUGCAUCAAUAACGUAUUAUCUUUCGAAUGUUUAUACCCAAAAAAUGGCAUCAUUACAUGCAGCGCUCUCUUUUGUUGAUAAUACUGCCUAUUCAUGCAAUGCAAAACAAAUUAUGUGACGUCAGACGGAAAUCUCUAUUGUGAAAGUCUUAACGUAGUGGAGAGUACAGCAUAGUGCAGUUGUCUGAUCAGAAUUGGCGGCAAUUUUAAAUGUCUGGUUCCUAUUAGAACCACCUCCCUUUUCUAAAGAUAAUAAUAACGCCAACUGAAGCAUCUACAAAAUUUUCUCUAGAAAAUAAUGUCUGAAUGGUCCCCUGCUUAGAUUUCGUAACAUUUUUCUAAGUAAGGUUAACUUAAAGUCCCAGACGUCAUUUUAUUUCUGACAAAUUAGAAUCUCGAAUAUGUUGUUGAGAGAAAAUUGGUAGUGUUUGUGAAUUGCGCCUUUAUUAUUUUACUUUGCUUCAUAAAUUUUAGUUGCUCGAUCGUUUACGUUGCUUGUAAAGUUGUAUGCACGUAAGAUGCUUAGCCGUUUCUGUGUCUGCUUCGAAAUUACAUGGUUAUAUUGGGUCUAUGUUUAGCUGCUUGCUUACUUGUAUGCUUCCUGCUUGCAUUAUAAGCGUAACUUGUAUGUUCUGCAGUAUUUGUCAUGAUCAAUAUCCGAUUUUUCUCCCAAAAGUCAUGGGUUAGCCCCCCAGAUAAUCAACGAUGAUGAAAUAAGCUCGAAUUUGAUGUGUGUCUCAAACACCUUGGAGAGUUGUGAGCAUUUUCUGAGUUUCGGAAGUGACUUAUG